AUGACUCCUAAGAAUAGACUGAAAUCAGUGGUGACCCCUCUGCCCAAAUGGGUCUUGUCUGGAGAGGCGGCCAAGCUAAACAGCGGUUGUGGGAAAAGAACAAAUGUCUUCUCUAACGAUGGAUUUCCAGUUUGUCCAAGAGACAAACGGAAACUAAAGUCACCACAACAUUUAGGAUUAUUUAAAAAGGAUAGCAAAUCAGGGCCCUUGAGCAACGUAAUUGAUUUUCCAGAUUUCUGCUCUCGUGCUUUUGGAGGGAAAACUGAGGCUGCUAUCAAAAACUUCAGUCCUUACUACAGUCGUCAGUAUGCUGUGGCCUUCUGCAAUCAUGUGCGCAGUGAAGUAGAGCAGCAGAGAGAUCUAACAUCUCAGUUUCUGAAGACCAAGCCACCAUUGGAGCCUGGAACUGUUUUGUAUGAAGCAGAGCUGUCACAGUUUGCUGAAGACAUAAAGAAAUGGAAGGACAGAUACAUUGUAGUUAAAAAUGAUUUUGCUGUGGAGAGCUAUGAGAGCAAAGAAGCUUAUCAGAGAGGAGCUGCCCCUAAAAGCCGAAUUCUUCCAGCAGGCGGCAAGGUGUUAACCUCAGAAGAUGAAUAUAAUCUAUUAUCUGAUAAGCAUUUCCCAGACCCUCUUGCCUCCAAUGAGAAGGAGAACACACAGCCCUUUGUGGUCCUGCCCAAGGCAUUCCCGGUGUACCUGUGGCAGCCCUUCCUCAGACACGGCUACUUCUGCUUCCAUGAGGCUGCUGACCAGAAGAGGUUCAGCGCUGUCCUGAGUGACUGCAUCAGGCACCUAAAUCACGAUUACAUGAAGCAGACGACAUUUGAAGCCCAAGCCUUUUUAGAAGCUGUACAAUUCUUCCGACAGGAGAAGGGUCACUAUGGCUCCUGGGAAAUGAUCACCGGGGAUGAAAUCCAGGUCCUGAGUAACCUGGUGAUGGAGGAGCUUCUGCCCACCCUGCAGACAGACCUGCUGCCGAAGAUGAAGGGUAAGAAGAACGACAGAAAGAGGACCUGGCUUGGGCUCCUUGAGGAGGCCUACAAUCUGGUUCGGCAACACGUGUCGGAAGGAUUAAGUGCCUUGAAGGAGGAAUGCAGAACUCUGACAAAGGGCCUGGAAGGAACAAUCCGUUCAGACGUGGAUCAGAUUGUCAACUCAAAGAACUUCUUAAUCGGAAAGAUCAAAGCGAUGGUGGCCCAGCCAGCGGAGAAAAGCUGUUUGGAGGAUGUGCAACCAUUCCUGGCGUCCAUCCUGGAGGAGCUCAUGGGACCAGUGAGCUCGGGAUUCGGUGAAGUGCGUACACUCUUUGAAAAAGAAGUGGAUGAACUCAGCCACAGCUUCCAGACCACCAAGGACAGCGUCCAGCUAAAGGAGGUGGGUACAGAGCUGAAGAAGCGAGUGUGA